CUUUUAAAACAACAAUUUUAAAGUUACUUUCUAUAAUAUUGGAGUAUAAAAUGGAGACCAAGUUUAUGAGCGUGUAUCCUGGAGCGAGCACCGUAGCUCUAAGACGAGUUAUGGACGCAAUGUCGUUGUUCUAUGAAAAGCGCUCAGCAGCCCAUCGACGCAAACAUUUUAAAGUGAUCCAAUGUCCAAGGCCAGGACUAUGUUUCGUCUUCCACGGCAUGAUCCUUAUGGCAUGUGAGCAUUUUGUUAUAGAUUUUCUCACCAAGCAGGGAAGUGAAAUAUGCGAGGAGUGCGAUGUACUGCUGCAAAUAGGAUCACGACUUCCUCAAAAUUAUAUAACGCGCAAUUCACGUCUUAAGGGAAAAUGGGGACCAGAGGAAAAUUCCUCAUACUUAACCUUCCAGCUGAACCGGGGAAAGUCUUUUUGGAUGCAAAUAUUACUUACUGAGGAGUGCUUCUUUAUUUCAGUCAAUGGCUAUCAUUUUGCGAAAUAUAUUCACCGUAUGCCCUAUCGAUGGUUGGAAGCUGUGGAUGUACUCGGAGAUGUCUCCGACAUCGUUAUCGAUACGUACUAUGUUUCCGAGUAUCCUAUACGCCUAACACAUUCAUUGCCUCGAGCCAUUCCACAUUUAAGCAAAAAUCUCCGAGACACCGAGAACACGGAAACUGAAUGGAUGGUCUUAUCUUCUCUGGCAAAGAUGUCAUCUAAAAAGUUUCUCUACCAGCCGAGUCUCCCUCUUCCUUUCUAUGGAAAGCUGUUGGACGAAAACGUCCUCAGAGAAGGAAGUGCACUUCGAAUCGAAGGUCGUGUCCGCUUGAUGCCCCAAAGAUUCAGUAUAGCAUUUCAGAAAGGACAGGAAAUUUGGCCGCAACCCACAGUGUCAUUAUAUUUUAGUCCCUCUUUCUUGCGAAAUAGGCACGACAAAAUCGGCACGGCUAUUAUUACACGACGUGCCUAUUUAAACGGUGACUGGGUGAACUGUACAGUGUCUCGUUUAAAUACAAGUCUACGGCCUGGAGGUGCCUUUGUCAUAGUAAUCGUAUGCCGAGAUGAAUACUACGAAUUGUUUGUGAACAACAGGUCCUUGUUUCAUUUUAAGUAUCAAAUGAAGCCAGAUUGUGUUGACAUUGUGAAUAUUCGUGGAGAUAUCAAGCUUUGGGAGGUAGUUGUUGAAGGCAACACUACCUACAAAAAACCGCGAGUUCGAACUGCUAUGGAACGAGCUUUAGGUGCCUGGAAGCGAUCUGAAAUCCCCCAACUUCAAAUAUAAUUGAAUUAGUG